AUGAUACCGAGUCACAGAUCCGCCUCCCAGCUAUGGGCCAUUGCUCGGCGGAAGCUCUUUACUAGACGAGAGCCCAAGAGCAGCGAGCAUGACUACCCACAACACCGCUCCUUUGACUCUGUUUCCUCUUCUUCCUUCAGCGAACACACCGACGGCUUCUACAAGUACUCGUUGGAAGUUCUCCAACAGAGUGACGAAGAAUACAGAGAUACGGUUGAGAGCAGGGGAAUGCGGUCUUCGGACAGUACCGGGAUGUCUUACACGUCAGCUCGAACGGCCCCUGCCGAGUUUCCCUUCUCUCCUUACGCCGUCGGCGCUGUCGAGUGGAAUUCUGCCUCGGGUUAUGUCAAGAAUCUGGAUGAUGCGCAGGGUCAUGACGUUUCGUCCUGGAAAAAUAGUGUGUUGGCUGUAUACGUGAGGGUGUACACCGUCGCUAAAGUGGUCUUCAUGUCUUUCAUCCACUAUGGAAUUGAAUUGGAUGGAUUUAACGGCGGCCUAAUGGUUUGCAUCAGGGACGUAGAAGAUGCCAUCGCGUCCACAAAGAUUGCUCCCUUGGUUGAAUGUGUCGAGAAGUUGUACCAUGCUCUUUAUGCAAGGCUUGUGAUGGAGCUUGUCGUUGUCGACUUAUGCUCUUGCUUCAAGAUUGAAGUUUCCCGCGUUUCUUCGCAUAACAACUUCAUGCUCCCUGAGCCACGCCACUUGUACAACAUAUUCCUGGCUUGCAAGCAAGUUCUCGACAGCUCGACAGUCUGCAGAUUCUUUAAGAAAGACUUUGUCCAGAACUAUCAGGCUACGUUCAUCCACCGCGCUGUAACAAAGCUCAACAGUAUGCCGUUUGUGAUGGACGACCUUAUUGGAUAUCGUCGAUUCGCUCUUGGGAUUAUCGACAACCCGGAUUCUCCAUUUCGCCAGAGGUGGGCUGGGAGUGGCCUGAUCUAUCAUAUGCCACCGCCAAGGGUCCUGAUCGUUCAUUCUGAGAAAUACAUGUCUUUCACCCCAAGACAGACUUAUCAGUUUAUGAUCCCACAACAGCCCCUCCCCUUCAUUCAGCGGCACAAUGCCGACCCAACAUUCAUGGAAAAUGCACGUACAUCGGACCACCGGCAGGCUGCGCUAGCCAUGCUUGAAGGCAAGACUGUGGGGGAUCUUCGAAACGAGGGCACCAUUCAGCAGCUGAUAGAAUACGCCAAAAGGAGAAAACAUACAACCCUACUAAGUGAUAAUAUGGGCCAUCUGCAAGCCAAUGCUAGCUCGUGUUACAUGGUAGUAGUAGUAUGGCUGCAUUUUGAUGUGGGGGGGGGAUGUGAUGGAUGUAAUGUCAAGUUGUCAGGUGGGGCGCAGGUGACCGGGGAUGGGGCAAGUUGGUCAGAAGUUGGCCGUGGUUCGCAAGUCUGGCAAGAUUUUCAUUUGGCUCUGGCCGAAAUUCAGCUCCCCGAAAGAGUCUGUAUCUGCGCCUGUGUGGGAUUUCCGCCCGGCACAGCAAUCUCUGGGAAACUUUUAGCGGGCAUGGUGCCCAAGACUGUUGCUAGUUCGACAGGUUGUUUAUCAUUCAUCUUCUCCUCCUCUUCUCCUCUCGCUUCGCCGGUAAUUAGACGCAGCCCACUGUGGAGCGCUCAUUCCGGGGCCCCCAGCAUUUGGGUGCGACGAUAUCGCGCCGUCUGGCCUUCCUACGGCAUCACCACUCCCAUCCCGGAUCCUAAUCCACAGUUCCCCAUCUCCCGUUCGCCUUUCUGCUUCCAGACAGGCUAUGCUCUCUGCGCCAAACGGCCCUCGCGUCCCUUCCCCCCACCGUUCCUGUCUCCGCCCUCUUCCUCCUUUUCCGACCCGCUGACCACCCACUACCUGAGUCAGGAUAAGAGAUUAUCCGUCCGGGGGGAUCUGGUCCGCGGCCUGAACAACGGCGACGAUGCUGUUUUAGUGGCGGAGAAUUACCUCGCCGUGAACGAUGGGGUCGGGGCGUGGGCAACCAAGCCGAGAGGUCAUGCUGCGCUAUGGUCUAGACUGCUCCUCCAUUUCUGGGCUUUGGAAGUCGAACGAGACCCCAAUGGACAGUCCGAAUUAGAUCCCAUCGGCUAUCUUCAACGAGCAUACGAGGAAACCAUCCGGGCAACGACUUCCCCAGGUGAAUGGCUGGGAACUACCACAUCGGUCACAGCGUUACUGCAUUGGAAGCGCGAUGCUACGGGGAACAUACGGCCCCUGCUCUACGUGACCAAUAUAGGUGACUGCAAGGUCUUUGUCAUCCGACCUAGCGAGAAGAGAAUCCUCUUUCGAACCAAGGAACAAUGGCAUUGGUUUGACUGUCCUAUGCAGCUGGGCACAAACAGCGUCGAUACUCCUCGGAAGGAUGCAGUCCUUUCAUUGGUUGAUAUGCAGGAGGAUGACCUCGUGGUGGCCGUGUCAGACGGCAUCCUGGAUAAUCUCUGGGAGCAUGAGAUCCUGACUAUUAUCCUAGAUAGUCUGGAGAAGUGGCAGCAAGGACGUCAUGAAGAUAAGGACUCGGAGUGGGCGCCCCCGGCUGUAAUGGCGGACGAGCAGAUGGUGUUUCUAGCCAGGGAGCUGCUCAAAUCUGCUCUGGAGAUUGCUCAGGAUCCCUUUGCCGAGAGUCCGUACAUGGAGAAGGCGGUGGAUGAAGGACUGGCCGUGCAGGGUGGGAAAAUGGAUGACAUCAGUGUGGUAAUCGGUUCUUGCAGGAGGAGGCAGUAG